AUGAGGACCGUUUUAAGGAAGAAUCCAUAUAUCCUAAGUGUGCAAUUAAUAAUUUGUAGUGAGGAUAUCUUAUCGUCGGAUCCACGAAUUAACAUAACAGAAAAAAUUCCGCUCAUCCAUGGACAACGGCAAGAUAAAUCAUCCGAUAUACAUAUGCCCCAAUAUCAACGCUAUGAAGGUGAAGAGCUUUCCUUUCAAGAGAUUGUCCUGGAUAACUAG